ACUGUCUAAGGUUAAGGUACAUUUGGGGUAAACUAACGUAUAGCAGUAGAAAUAGUAAGGGGUAGAGGGUAGGGACGACCCAAGCAUCCAUAUUUGCGUUUAAUUUGUGUUUCCUGUUAUGUUGCAUGUAAUUUCCGGUUCUUAACCGUCGAUGGUCCUAUACAUCAAUGGGAAGACUGAAGGUUUUGGGAAGCCCUGCGGGGAUGCAAGCACAUAUACAGAGAAGCAAAGUUUAUGCUUGAGUUACUCUAGGACCCGACUGGAUGUGAGCACUCCUCUGUAUUGUUAUGUAAGGUCUUGGAUGUGUGAACCUUGGAAGUCGUUGUUCAAGAACAUUUUGGAGAACAUUUAGACCUGUGGCUUCAUGAGUGUAUAGAGCCACAGAAAUGAAUGAAGGACUGGUGGAUAACCGAGGUUCUGGGAGAGGGCCAGGGGAGGAAGACAUGGAGAUAAACGGAGAGGUACUAAAACCUACAAAUGAUCUACUUAUAGAAAGGGAGGAGAGGACUGAGGUUGGGGACAAUGGGCUGGAGAGGACCUCUCAGGUCCUAUCGCCACUGGAGGCCCUGGCUCCCUCGGACAGCCUUGACAUUCAGGACCAUGCCACCUCUGUUCCUGUGAUAACAGGCCAUGGGCAGACAGAGAAGAUCCCAGGGGGAGUUGCUGAGGAACAACCUGUAGACUGGUUUGAGCCCCUGGAAGAUGACAAUUAUGAAGAUGACACACAGGGUUGGAACUUGGGCCUUGCGAUGGGGGAGCGACGCGUGAAUGGAAAAGGGGAUGCCGAAGAGGAGAGUGUUGCAGGGAGCGAAAGGAGCGGUAGCGUGGCAGGCCUUGAGAAGAAAAUCAACAGCAACAACCUGUUUUCUGUUUAUAGACGGAAGAAAAGAGUAACAGUUGAAGAGGGCUGGGAGGACUGGCCGGCACUUGGAAAGGGGUGGAAGCGCAAAGCCGUUGUUCGUCGUUCAGGUUCUAGUGUUGGCCAGAGUGACGUUUAUUACAUGAGUCCGAGUAAUGAGCGUGUGAGAAGUAGGGUUGAGCUUUCCAAAGUCCUGGCAGAUACUCUGGACAUGACAAUGUUUGAUUACAAAGCAGGGGUGUUCAGGGGUGCUGGACAACCCAAGCCCUUGCGUGCGAGAAAGACGAACAUACAGAAGGAUCCUCCUCCCUUAGUGGACUGUGGAUUUUCCUCAGAGUCCAGCUUGAAGGACAGAGGGGACCGGGCAGACAGUCCUGACUCCCAUCACAGACUGACCCCUCUGAGUCGCAGCUCUAUGGGCACGCCAAGCAAAGAUCUCCAACAUACCACUCCCCCAAGACCGAACUCGUCUCUCGCAAAGAUUAGUUCAGCUUCUGUCGCUCAUGAUGUGGAAGAUGUGAAGCAAAAUGCAACUAAACUGCCCUUGAGCCCUGCAUCAUCACUUUCAGUCUCCAUCAAUGGGAAGGCUGGUUCAGAGCCCUUCUUUGGCAUCUGUGCCAUUUGUGGUAAUUCAUAUACAGGCUUAGAGUAUGAAAGGCAGAUGAAGAGUCCCUGUUGCACCAUAUGCAGGGCCAACAAUCCAACUAUAGCCAAGAUUCAACUUCAUCAAAGAUUCAGAAAGUGGAUUCCUUGUGGUCACUGUAGGGCUUGCCUUACCACAGAAGAUUGUGGUAGUUGUGCCAACUGCAAAAAAACACUGAACCCUGACACCAGAAAACUUGUCCGCUGUCGGAAACGCAAAUGCAAAUGUCCUAUCCUCAAGUAUAACCCCGAUGGUCCCCAAAUGUUGGAUCCCUAUCCCAUGACGAAUUUUCAGAUUGACAGCAGAGAAUUGCAGAACUCCACUUCUCAAUACAGUGACCCUGAGGACUUCUCUGUGAAUGUCGAUAUAGAAGAUGACGAUGAAGAGUUUGAUGGUGAUGAUGCUGACUAUGAGGCUUGGGUGAGGAAACGUAAGCGGCGCUCCUGUGGGAAGUGUGAAGCCUGUAAUAGUAGGACAGACUGUGGCACUUGUGAUUUCUGCAUAGACAAACCCAAGUUUGGAGGCAGCAAUAAGAAGAGACAGAAGUGCCGUCUACGGCAGUGCCAGAGACAGGCCAUGAGACACUUGUUGCCCUUUCAGUUGGGCCAGACUGAUUUUGGGUCCCAAGAGGGGUGGGUGCAGCUUGGCAGGCCUAGGCCUCACUUUACAUACAGUCGCAAGACAACCUCAAAGAAAAGAAAAACACCGCAUCUGCAAGUGCACAUGGAGUUCACUGAUGAUGACGACGAGCCACUGCAGCAAGAAGAGGAUUAUCGCUACAUGGAAACAGCACAUUGGCGCCCUAUGCUUCCCAGCAAACGCCGGGAUGAGAAUUUCAGAAACCACAUACCGACAGUCCAGGCUCACAAAGAGACUGUGGAAAUUGUCAAAAAUAAUUCACUUCUGGAGCAUGUCCCAGAUAUCCUCAACCUUAUAAGUUCUCCAGCAUAUUGCACACUGUUCAAACCGGCAGACCCCGCGGUGAAAUAUGUUGGACCCCCAGUUGAGAAUACAUCCUCAGCAGCUCCGGACAGACAGAGUGGAAUGAAUGGAGGAAGGCCAAGUGUGGACAUGGAUGUAGAAACGCCGUCUGUGGAGCCAGAAGUGGAGGAGGUCACACCUAUGAUCACUCAGAUCUUCAGUCUUGCUGACAGUGCAGGAACAAGUGGGAUCGACCAAGAACAUGAGCUGUUAAAGCUACUGAAGUCCAUUCACAGCUCUGCACUCCCCACACUCUGGUUUGCCAUAAUGGUGGAGGGCCCGACACUACAGCUACUGCAGUGCUCUAAGCUCUCCCACAUGGUGGACACAACCGUGCAGAUUGACCCGAGCUUCUACUAUCAGAUCUGUGUACAGGGCCAGCCGCUGCUCCUCACCCACCCGCUGUAUGAAGCUCACCCAUCCUGCUUGACAUCUGUGCCCCAGGUGGCGAACCUGCUCCUGGAUCUGGAGAAGUACAACGUGUGCCAGGGGGUCCCGACCAAGGAACAGCCAUUCAGCCAGGCUCCAAUUAUCAUUGAGCGGGCAUCAACCUGUGACUUUCUGGUACUUAAAGAAACCGAGCACUGUGUGAGGUGUAAGGCCUUAUCCUGCAGCUAUUAAGGCCAGACACCACACCGUAAUAGAGAUUCCCCCCCUUAAUCAUAUCACAAUCAACUUUCUACAGUUGAAUGUAGGCACAAAUAAUAUUUUUUUGUAUUACAAUUUCAGAUUUAAAAAAAAAUUCAAAUAUAUAAACUAGGUGACAUCUCAAUUAAAUAUUUGCAUAUCCCACACACAAAAAAAGUCUGGACACUGGAUUAAGUCAGCCUAAAUAUUUUUGGUUUCAUAUUGUUAAGACACUCCAUGACCGGACUUACUCAGUGCAUUGUGGACAAAUACUUGAAAAAUAUUUUUAAUCUGUAAAAUACUAAAGACAUGAAAGUAAAAUGCAUUUUGGCACAUUAAAAAACAAACAUAUUUAGGCAAGUAUGAGAAUAUAUCUAUUUGCUUCUGAAGCUGGGGGAAAUUAGUUGACAUGUGGGAAGAGUCUUGACUUUUCGGAAUUGGCAGUUCGACAAGUACACUGAAUUUAGACUAACAAACACCUAUUUAGACCCAAUCACCAUCUCUUCAAAGUAAGUUACUACAUAUAGUUCAGUUUUUUACAUUUUCUAUGAAAUGGGCUUGUAAAUUGUGUAAUCCAAUGUAGUGGGCUUUGAAAUUAUGGAUGUUUGUCCAUUUUAAAGUGGUUAAAAUUAAUGACAUUUUGAUGACUAGUAUGAUAAACUAAUGAAAAUAUGCACUAUCAAGAUUGUCAUUUUUGUUUACUUUUUGAAAAUACUAAUGUUAAUGGACCAAAAUACCAACAAAUCUAAAAAUUGAUAGGUAGAUGCUGUGAUGUCAUUUCAGCCUGUGGUGCCUGGCCUUAAAAACAUUUGGUGCCGCAGGGUUAAGAGUCACCAGCACUUAGCAGUGUCACAGUACAGAGCAUCACAGCUCUGCCCUUAAAGAACAUUUCAAGUCUGCUGGCAAUGGACAACCAGGACUGUAGUAUUUUACACUUUUACCACUAGACUUUGCAAUUAUAUUUAAGAAAUUGAGGAAAGUGUUUUUUUUAUAGCCCAUUUUGUUUAUAGCCCAUUUUGUCUUACAAAUAAAUGUACAAAUCAUGA